CAAAGCAUAUGAGUCUUCUCGUAUCCAAACACGACCCAGAAAAAUACACUUUCCCGUCAUCUUCAACCACACCAACAAUGUCAAAAACACAACACGACCUCCGAUCAACCAGACCCAUCAAUCAAAACAUCGAAAAAAACCCAAAAGAAUGCUCAAAAUUAAAACUAUUGCAUCGAUAAACACACCCAUUACCCUAAAUUUACCAACAUCAAUCACCUAACAAUAUCAAUUCAGAUAAUUUCUCAGCUACUUUUCACAUAGAAAAACAAAUUUAAAAUUUAGAAAACACAUAAAUUUUGAGAGAAUGGAUCCAGAACAGACGUUUAUAAGGGUACAAGAAAGAUUUUCACAGAUGCUAACACCUAAAGUUCGAGUUGGUUUGGAGUAUGUUUAUUUGUUCAUAGCCAUCACUCUUUUUUGCAUUCUUGUUGUUAUGCACGCUAAUUAUGUCCAGCAGCCCGGAUGUUCGAGUGAGCUGCCUGGCGCUGAUACGAAAGAUGCUCAGCUUGUUCAAAUCAAGAUAACUAGCGCAGGCUUGUGGUCGCAGAAUGAAGUGGAAUCCAGUGUAUCGGAUGCUCCUGGUGUGAGAAUAGUGACAGAUAAAUUAGAAUUAUCUCUUAUAGAUAGAGAUUUAUUGACAAUUUUGGCUCCAAAGGUUUGGUUGAAUUGGAUUGGUUCAAGUGCUAGAAAAGGGGAACUUGCAUUGAAGUUCUGGAAGGCUGAUUCUGAACAUAUGGAAAAUCAACCAGAAAGCUCUACGCACAGUGAAAGCUCUAAGCCAGGAGGUGAUGAUGGUACUAAAACUGAUAAAGUGGAGACACGCAGUAGUUUCCCUGCAUCAGCCAAGGAAACUUUUAAAGCAGCUAUAAUCCAUUUUGGCAAAAAGUGGCACAGGCGUCUAUCAUUCAUUUGGAAACAUUUAAUGCAAAUAUUUAGAAGUUUUCAGAAGUUGUGGAAUAUCACGGGUAUCCAUUUAAGUCUUGAUGUUCCCAAGUGGAUGAGAAUACUCUAUUUGGACAGGCUUAGCUCAUAUGCAGUUCAAUGUCUAGAGGACAAGAGUAAGGCAUUUGAACCGACUUAUCUUUACACCAUGGAGAAGGGUUUUUUCUUGCUUCCUGAAGAAGCUAAAUCUCGGCAUAAUAUAAUUACUGUUAACGUUAGCAUAUCAGCUCGGCACCCUUGCUUCGGAAACAGGUGGCAGCAGCUUCUCAUUAACAGAAUUGUUGGAUAUGAUACCAUACUGAUGAAUAGUCUAUUGAGCUCUCCUGGACAGGGCUAUCUGUAUAACUUUCAAACAAAGGAGUUCUAUAAUCUUAGUUAUCCACAAGAACCACCAGCAGGUCCUGCAAAAUUUGGAGACUACCUUGUGACCAAGUGUGGAGUGCUUAUGAUGUCGCUGUUUGUAUUUUUCACUACCACAAUGUCAGUAUCUUUCACAUUGAGAGAGACACAGACUCGCAUGCUGAAAUUCACAGUGCAGCUUCAGCACCAUGCUCGACAUAGGUUGCCCACGUUUCAGUUGAUAUUCGUGCAUGUGAUCGAGUCACUUGUCUUUGUUCCUAUAAUGAUUGGGAUCUUGUUUUUUUUAUUCGAGUUUUAUGAUGAUCAGCUUUUGGCGUUCAUGGUCUUAAUUCUUGUUUGGCUGUGCGAACUGUUUACGUUGAUCAGCGUGCGGACACCAAUAUCAAUGAAGUUCUUUCCGCGCUUCUUUUUACUUUAUUUUCUGGUUUUUCACAUCUACUUCUUUUCCUAUUCAUAUGGUUUUUCUUAUUUGGCACUCUCGACGGCUGCAGCAUUUAUGCAGCACCUUAUUUUAUACUUCUGGAACCGUUUUGAGGUACCAGCUCUACAGAGGUUUAUGCAAAACCGGCGGUCACAACUUCAGCAACACCCCGACUUUCAUAUCACAUCAUCUACAAUCCUUGCAUCGACUGUACACAUCACAAGAUUGAAUAGAAACGAAGGUCCAAUUAAUACUGACUCAGUAGCUGGACCGGCAUUUAGACCCGGAUCUGACCAAGCAAUGCCAGCAAACGGAAUCGAAACUCCAGGUCCUCAACGACUGGGAAACGACAACCUGGGAAGAGUAGACAACCCUAUGCAAAUUCCAGGUCAACCUGAUCUUCAACAAGCGGAAACAGGUCCUAGCACUGGAUCCAUGAACUCGUUCAGUUCGUUGUUGCUAUGGAUCUUGGGAGGGGCGUCUUCCGACGGGCUUAACUCAUUUUUUUCAAUGUUUAGAGAUGUGAGAGACCAAGGACAAGUUUAUGGUGAAUCCCCUAGACACGAGAACCGGGCCGAUCAGGAUGUUCAAUAAUAUAUUUGAAACAGAUUUAACGUCUGAUCUGUGUAUUUUAAGCCGAAUCAUAGAUAAUGUAUAGGUAAGAUUUGGAGCAUAAUGGCUGUAUAGAAAAUAUAGGAUGUAUCAUCACCAUAUGCUAAUAGUUGACAUGCUUUCCCUCACAAGGAGUUGGAGAAACUCCAAAAGGGCUUGUUAAUGAUAGGUUUUGCAUUUAGUGCAGAUUGAAUCGAAUUAUUUUUGUUUUUAAGUUAAAUCAAAUUGAACCGAAUAAGCCAGUUUGGUUGGGUUUUGCGGUUCGGCUUAGGUACUUCAGUCA